AUGAGGUCCCAUGUGGACGGGCUGCAAGGGCAUGUGGAUAGAGUGUCGAGGGGGCAGGAGGAGAUGAGUGGGAGGGUACGGAAUUUGGAGAGAAAUUAUCAGGAUGUGUUGAGUGAGAUGGUUAAUUUCCAGCGGAAUAUGGCCCAGCAGGAUGGGUUGAUGCAGAAUUUGAUACAGUACUUUUUGCAGGUUGAAAAUGGAGCUGCUAACCCCACACUCGCCCCCCCUACUUCUCUCUCGCCAAAUCCAAAUCCUUUCCUCCCCACCCAAGAAGCUCAACGGAUGAUGGGCGAAUAUCGAGAGACGGACGUCGCGCGCGCGUCUCUCGCACAGAUGAACGAAAUAUCAAGACGAGCCGAGGUUGCUGGCAUGUCAUUUGGCGGAUCAGGUAUGGGCGGCGAGGGUGGGGCGCAGGACAGGCAGGGAGGGGGAGGGGGAGGGGGAGGAGUGUCACGGCUGAUGGCUACCGCCGCGGGGCUUGUCAGUCGCUCUGGUGAGAGUCCGGGGUUGCAGGGGAUGUCGAGGCAGGAUGCGUUGGCGAGGAUUGGAGAGCUGCAGCGCUCGCGGCCGACGUCUGCUCAGGGAGAACCGAGUGCGAGUGUAGGUGCGGGUGGCACGCAGGCGUUCCCGCCUGACGCCCCGUUCAUCAUGCCCCCCUCUGCUCCCCCCGCUGCAGGGCCUAGUACGAGCGCAGACGGGGGGGCGUUGCGCGGGUGGCCGGAGCAGAUGAGCGUGGGCGGUAUCGCGAUGGAUGCUACGCACGAAGGCCUUCAAGUCUUUACGCUCGGCCACCUGUUACCCAAGAGCGGGGUAGACGACGAGAAUGGGAAUUGGUCGUUUGAUCCGAGGGUGCUUGGGGAGAUGGGGUUGCCUGAUGGGAGUGGGGAGGAGGGAGGGGAGGGGCAGAGUGAAUAUGCGGGCGAUCCUGGGCCUUCCUCGAGCGCCUUUCCCCGCUCCUCGCCUGGCCCGGAAGAGAUCGUACGUCCGACGGCGACGACGGUGGCGUCCUCAACAUCAAGCGCUCAAAAGCUACGCGUGCGCCGCUCGACGUUCGUCCCUGGCUGGGCCGUCCCCCCACGUGUGCUGCUCGUCGACGACGAUGCGGUGAGCAGAAAGUUGUCGAGCAAGUUUUUGCAGGUGUUUGGGUGUACGAUUGAUGUGGCUGUGGAUGGGGUGGGCGCGGUGAAUAAGAUGAAUUUGGAAAAGUAUGAUUUGGUGUUGAUGGAUAUCGUGAUGCCGAAACUCGACGGUGUCAGUGCGACGUCGCUUAUCCGCCAGUUUGACCAUAUGACGCCUAUUAUAUCGAUGACGAGUAAUUCUAAACCUAGUGAGAUUAUGACAUACUACUCUUCUGGAAUGAACGACAUACUUCCAAAACCGUUCACGAAGGAAGGUCUACUUGAUAUGCUAGAGAAACACCUCAUGCACCUCAAAGUCAUCCAACAAAUGUCCAGAGUCCCACGCUCCGUCGGCGGUCCUCCCCUUUCUGCAGAAAGCUUCCAAGAAGCGCUCGCAGUAGGCGCCGCCGCCCUCCAAACCAAUGACCCCUCCUCUCUCGUCCCCAUCAACCUAAAUGCAGACGAAGACGGGCGGAUCAACCCGUUGGCCGGCAUGGGUCUCACUGACGAGCAGUAUACGGCAAUUUUGCAGAAUUUGGUGAGUGGGGAGAGUUUUAUGGGGGCGGGUGUGCCGGAGGGUGUGGCGCUUGGGAUGGCGAUGGGGGUUCCGGGGCCGUCGGUCGCGGGGGAGAAGAGGGGGAUGGAGGAUGAUGGGAAUGAGGGGAUGAGGGGAGGGAAGAGGGGGAGGUUUGAGGUGCUCGAGUGA